GAUCGCACUAUGGUCAUCAACGCGAUGGCUUCUUCUCCGUGGAAAUGCUUCUGCAUCCUUCUCCUCCACCUGCAGCCAUCCUCCUGCCUUCACCACCAGCCUAGUGACAGGUCUUACCUGCUGACACUGAUUUCUGCUGAUCGACUGCAUUCAUAAAUUGCUGCUUCUUUUGUCCAUGGAAGCGAUGAAAGGAUGAAGAAUGAGGAACAUCUUGUACCUGCAGAGCAAUCGCAGCAGUGAGACGCAUUGUCUUCUCUACAUAUCUCCGUCUCCAGCCUCCUGUCCAGUCUUCACAGGCAUCGCGGAGGAAGUUGCUUCAAACAGCCAGAGUCUCAGUUCCCUUCCCUCCCAUCAAGCCAGGAAGCUGUCGCUGCGCUACCAGAAACAGAAACAGCUGGACCUGACCGAGCGAGCCUUUUCUCCCCAGAAACCCGCCGACACCAGCCAGUCUGUGUGUCGCCAGGACAAAGCCACGCUGGUGAUGGGGUUUGGAGACGUGGACGAUCUCAGAGGCCUGUCCAUCAGGCUGCAGCUUUCUAACGCUUUCUACGAGUCCUCGGGUCAGUGGUGGUUCUCGGUGGACAGCGUCUCUCUGCUGUACAACAGCUCCGAGGAGGCCGUGUUCAACACCAGCGACGUCUAUGCUCCAGCAUCCUCCUCCUACCGCUGCCUCCACGUCAGCAGCCUGCAGCGGUACAGCGGCCUGCUGCUGCCCAGCUCGGACCACGCACGCCGCUGGUCCAUCACCUUCGUUGACUUCCAGAUCCAGGCGUUCAAUGUCACCUCUGGGAAGUUUUCUCCUGCCAGCGACUGCACCACCAUCCUGACGCCGGCCAUCCUGAUGGGCCUCAUCACAUCCCUCAUCCUGCUGCUGGUGCUGGCCUACGCCCUGCACAUGGUCGUCCACCUGAAACACAUCGAGCACGACGACGACCAGAAGGCCGACAUGUACUUCCCUCAGAGCACUGAACAGCUCGAUCAUUGCUGUGACGAAAACAUCUCUGAGAAGAACGUUAUUUAGGAAAGAGACGGCUGAUCUGAUCACAGCUCAGGAUUUCAUUUUCUAAAAAGGAUAUUUAUAGUGUUUUAUAAUUUUCCGAAUUCAUGCGCAUUUGUCUUUAUAAAACAUUGAAUAAAAUGUAAAUGUAAAAAAUGUCCUCUGUUUUUUGUGUUAUUGUGUUAACAUUUAGGGGAUGGAGGAUGCACAUGUAUAAACUCACCUUUAUUGCUGAUCAUUUGUUAUGUUACAACCUCGCAGAGGAAGUGAAAAGUUGCUUCUCUGCCCUGUGAUCCAAAAAAGAUAUAAGAAGAAAUAUACAUAAAAAUAAAUAAAAAAAUAAAGUAUGUUUUGAUGGUAUGUAUUGAACAUAGAUCAGCCACAACAUUACGGCCAGUCAGUUGUAUUGAGCAGAACGGUGCAUUGCACAAAAUGAGCUACUAACAUUACCUGUCGACGGUCAUAAUGUUAUAGACGAUCAGUGUAUUUACAAACAUGUAAUUAUCUAAAUAAUGAAUAAAGCAAAAAAGGAAUUACAUGCUGCUUAACCCCCCUGGUGCUAUUGUGAGGAUGCCAUCAUCUUUGACAU